UCCAGUAGCUACAUACACGUACGUAAGCGUCAUCUCUCACGUUAAAUUUAGUGUCGUGACUUUCACACAGCAAACGCUGUUACUAUUCAGUUCUGGAUUUGAAAUCCAUGUAUCGUGUUAUGUCGUGCUUGCGGAAGAAAUCUUUCACAAUGAAAAAUAAAUGAAUUUCUCUAUCUCGCCUUUAUGCAACAGCCUCUACUUGCUAGAGGUUAAGUGUGAUUACUAGGAUUCCCUCGAUCGUCUGGCCAUCUGGUGACUGACACGAUGCCAAGCGUCAUCCGACGUUUUUCAUCUCUGCCUUCUGAUAUCCACAAAUUCCAAUCACGAGCAGAUGAACAAUGGAAUAUCCACAGCAAACUCAUCAGCAUACAUGGGCGGCUAAGAAGAGCACGGCCGCAGUCAGGCGGAGACAUGUCCGCCAGUCCGAAUGACUCCACAGAAGAGACAACAGCCGUAUUCCCACCGACGUACAUUGUUAUCCAGUUCUCCAGACACAUACGGACCACUGCAUUAGUGUGGCUGGUAGACAAAAUAUGUGGGAAACGGCUGGACGGUGGAGCUGAGCUACUUGUAAGAAAACAACCUCAUCACGAUGGGGAGGGCUUGACCCUCCACGUAUCGGCCUCUAAAAUCAAGUUCCUGGAGGUGGCAGAGGAACUGGAGUUGAGGAAACGUGACAAAUGCGGUCUGAUCAGAGAGUUUACCGUCAGCCAGCUGGACGACUUCCUCGAGGAAGGGAUGCACGUGGAUGACCUGCUUACAACGGCAGAGAAGCAGUACAUAGUGAGACAUGAACUGGAGAACAUUCGCGCCCUUAAAGAAGAUGACCAGGUCCCGGGUUACCCUGCUUUUCGACUCUACGAGGGACAAUCAAUAGUUCAGGUUUGUCUUCACUGGAAGCUUCUGGACCGGAUGUAUCCCUUACAUGACCAAGAAGCACUGGGUAAACUGGGAAUGAAAUGGUACUGGGCGCUGUUUCGGAAGCAACCAUUCGAGGAGAUCAGGUUGUAUUUCGGAGAAGCCGUAGCACUUUAUUUCACCUUCCUCGGCUUCUACACGACAUCUCUGCUGGUCCCGAUGGUCCUCGGUUUCUUGCAGCUGUUCCUGUCCUCCGAGAGCAUCGCUUUCUUUUGCGUCUUCAACGUUCUCUGGGUGACAGUAUUUUUAGAGGUGUGGAAGAGGAAGUGCAGUGAACUCGCCUUUACGUGGGGCACCAUUGGCAUGACCAGCUUAGAUGAGCCACGUCCAAACUAUCAUGGUGUAAUGGGGAUUGACGUGGUGACAGGUCGUUAUCAGCCUCAGUUCCCUCGCUGGAAAACCAACGCCAGGUUAUACUGUGCCUCGUUGCCCAUUGUAUUACUGUGUAUGGUCGGGGCUUUCUUCGUUAUGCUUGCCUCUUUCUGGGCCGAAGAGAUGAUUAUACAUAUGAAGAAGCUACACGGUCUGGAAGCUGGCGGUCUCCUGGUUCUCAUGCCGAGUAUACUGUAUUCAGCUGUAGUCUUCAUAAUGAAUUGUUAUUACCGAAAGUUAGCAACGUUUCUUACUGAAUGGGAGAACCAUAGAACUCAAUCGCAGUUUGACAGACAUCGGGUCACGAAGCUCGUUCUCUUUGAAUUUGUCAACAACUUCAUGUCGCUUUUCUACAUCGCCUUUUAUAUCCAGGAUAUGGAAAUGCUGAAAAAUCAAUUGACUGUGAUGUUGAUUAUAUUUCAAGCCAUAAACAACUUUCAAGAAGCUAUUCUACCACUUCUAAUAAAGUGUUACAGCAAAAAGGUUACGAAAGCACUAAAAUUCGACGCAAUACUUGGAAACAAAGACAAUGAAGGAAGUAGCUACAUAAGGAAGAGGAGGCCUACCCUAAUUCACGAAAAGGACAGUGUCAUACCUGAUCAUAUUCCGGCACUGGAACCAGAUGAUCCACGUAUAGAACUCGCCAUUGCUGAAGGAGAAAUGGAAAACUACGAGGGAACAUAUGAUGAUUAUUUGGAAAUAUUUAUACAAUUCGGAUAUGUAUUCCUGUUCUCUUCUGUGUAUCCAAUGGCGGCUCUCUGGGCAGUGGUAAACAACAUAUUGGAAAUAAGGGCGGAUGCCUUCAAACUCUGCUGUUUAUACCAGAGGCCAAUGGCGAAAAGGGUGAAAGACACUGGAGCUUGGCAGCGUGCCUUUGAAGCUGUCGGUGCUAUGUCUAUUAUGACAAAUUGCGGACUGCUUUGUAUGUCGCCGCAGCUGCGACGCCUUGCGCCGUCACUAACCUCAGUGGAAUGGGUUCUCCUCUUCGUUGUUCUGGAGCACAUGCUCCUGGGAAUCAGACACAUCCUCCAUCUCGUGAUUCCUGAUAGACCGGAGUGGGUACGAGUGGCUCUAGCGAGAAUCAACCACCAAUCCAAACAAGCUCUUAAGAACGAGAGAACAAUCAAGAAUCGCCGUCAUCUGUUUCGAAGAUACAAUACGGUGCACGCUUCACUUAAUCACAACGAUUGAAGACUGCAUUUUGUUCUGAUCAGAAAAGCGGUGUGCAUUCACGCCCAAUUUCUUUUCGUGCCAAUUUAUUUUAGUUUCCAGAACUGCAGUAGAAAACAGGAGAUGCAUUUUGUGUUUGUAUAGAGCUAUUUCACGCUUAGCGUUUCACUCAGUUUUGCAUAGAAUACACUUUGAAAUUUAGUACUUUUUAAAUAGAAGGUGAUUGCUUGUAAUUUAUUUAUUUAUUUGUGCGUUUAUUUUCUUCACAACUUUUUAAAAUAAAUUAAUAAAUCCAA